GCUGAAUUCACUGGUUUUAGAUACGAUUAAUCAAUUCAAGCUGAAUUAACCCUAAAAUGUUAAGAUAUUUUUUUGGUUAAACCUAAAAAAUAGCAUAAAAAAUCAGAAUCAAGAAGGUUUUCAAUAUAAUGAAGUAAAUCUGAAAACUACUCGCAGAUUUUUAGUUCAACAGCAUGAUAUCAUCAAACAAUCCAAAUAAAAUGAAGUAUUUGCGUACGAAUUUUAGCCUGAAGCAGCAAGAACAAAGGGGUCAUACUGAAUCAUAAUUGAAAUCAAAUUGAAUGGAAGUAGUAGUAAAGAAGGGGGACUUAUUCGAUACCUGCGAUUGCUUUUCCACUCAAUUGAUAUGCUGAUAUGAACGAAUGAAUCUAGCCAAACGAUAACGACGCGCACACUGCCUGAAUUUGGAGCUGAACGAAAGGGGUAGAUCUGAAAACCCAGGCUUUCCUCGAACGAAAAAGAUCGAAUUCACUUAGGUAGUCGGUGAUGAGGAGAACAGAUCCGAUCCGGAUGUGCGAGAACUAAGGCGCUGGAAAUGAACUAUACGGAGUAUUUUUUUUACUUUUUAGGCGCUCGAAAUGAAAAAGUGGGCGCUAAUAUUUCAGCGAAUUUCUUGUCCAGACUUUUAAAGUUUUUUAAAGAGUAAUACUGUAUAAUUUAAAAUUUUCAAUUUCUAUGUUACGGAAAAAAGAAUGAAUAAUGAUGGUUAUCCUCUUUUCUAUCUACGUACGAAAUGGGAAGCAAAUAUUAAAAAAAAACCUCUCUCUCGCCUAAACUCGCCCUUUUGGGCGAUUUCGUUUCCGGCCACCAUGGCCGGCGGCAGGCCAGGCACACGCUCCCAUCGUCUUCCUGAUGUCAAGACGAUCACAAAGCACCCAAAUAUCACCGGAAACAGUGCUGGAAUCCGGCGGGCCGAAGAUGGCGGCUCCCCCUCCACGGCACACUUUGUUCCGGCCACUACAUUCAGUGAUGAAGCUCCAAACUCCUUCCAACAGAUUCCUGACGUCAAUACGAAGCCAACGCCACUGGAAUCGAGAAUUUUGGUUGCCGGAAUCAGCAGAUCGCCGUCGCGAUCAGGCAUGGUGGUUUCCGGUGGGUUGGAGCAAAAUCCGGUCACCACCGAUCAAAUUGAUGUCGAAGAGCACCACCAAAUCCUUUCUGGCAUCUCAGCGCACCUUAAGGAGUCCUCAAUUGCAGCUUUUGAUGGCGAUUUGAAGAAACCCCCAAAUUUGGAUUCUAAGGUUUUUCCGAGCCUAAAAUCUUCAAUUCGUGCUGUUCAAGGCCAAAUUGUGAAAAAAGAACUGGAUAUUCGUGAUCCUCAUGCAAAACCGGUUCGUUUGGCGUUGGUCCCGCCCGAUUCUGCUCUGGUCAAUUUCCCGGCGACGGUCACCGGAGCUCCGGCGGCGGCGGCGGCCACCGGCCAAUUUCCAGAAACUCCAGCUCCUCCUCCUGAUUCCAAAAAACAUACUCCCAGCCUCGCGCAAGUAGUUUCGGCUUCCAAUCGCAUCAAAGUCCCUACUUCUAUUACGGAGCUUCUUCCCGAUCGUGAGGUCACCGUCUAUCCGGGCAUGCCCGCUUUCCGUUUUAUGCAAUCUGAGGUCAGCCAAUUAGCUCUCAUUGACAAAUAUAUUUUGGUUGGCAAAUUCUCUCAUGGGCAACCCAAACUGGAGGUAAUUAAGCAUUAUUUCUCUACUCAUUAUGUCUUUCGUGGAUCUAUUUCUGUUGGUUUAAUGAUUAUUGUUUGCCCAAUUAUCAGACGUUUCUAAAAUGAGUCCAUUCGAAAAUCGUGAGUUUAUUGGAUUGCAGUGUGCCACGUUCACCCUAGAGGUAAUUGGAUUGAAAUAGAAAAUACACUAUUAUAUCACACGAUCAAUUGGAAACUUGCAUACAAUCACUACAUGAUACCUUUCAACUUGCAGCUAGUUGUUGACCUUAGUUAAAUUGUUAUACGAGUAUUUCUUUGUGGUAAAAAUAUUGUGCUUAAGGAACCAAGUGAACUAAAACUGAUGACGAUGAUGUGAUUACCAUGCAUGCUGUUGUACAGCUAGCUCAAAUUAAAGCAAAGUCAGGCCCAAUUCUUCUAACUGCGCGAGGAGGCUAGACAGAAUGGGCUUAAAGCCACCGACAAGGAAAUAUGGUACUCGCUAGUCGAUGGCCAUAACGCGAAGAACUGCAUUUGUGGAGUUGGUGACUACGAGCGGGAAAUGAGGAAGAUCAAUCCGUCCUACAAACUUCGCCGUUCCAGCACUAGUAGCAGUAGCGCAACGGAGAUGGUAGCACUUAAAGAGCAAAAUCAAAGGUUGCAGGAACAAAUUGAUAGUCGAACCUCGAGCUUGUCGUUGACGAUUCAGGAGGAGAUAAGGAAGUUAUAUGGUGGUAACAUUCCUACACGAGGCAAUGAUGAUGGACCGGGAGGUGCACGGCAGCCUGGGAUUUGUUGACACCUUUGACAUUAUUUGAAACUAACACUUUAAUAUUUAGUGUUUUUACAAUAUUAUGAAUUAUGUUACAUUUGCACGUGAAGUUUUCAUUAA